UUUAUUCUCCAAAACUAUCUCCACGGUCCGCCACCCCUGUCACCUCCGCUCGACUCCCAGCCCGCCUCGCCAGAGCACGCCGUCGCCGCCCUUCCCGCCACACACGCGCGGCCGAUGGAUACGGUGGCCCCCCGCCUGAGCCGCUCCUCGACGCGGUACGGCCCCGUCAGCAGCAGCGCUGCCGCCUUCAGCGGGCCCGUCCGGAAGUGGCGCAAGGCGUGGGUGCCCUUCGCCGGCGCCGGGGCCACGGGAGUCAGUUCCGGCGGAGCGGUCUCUCGGGAUAAUAAUGUGGUUCUGUUCAGGUGGACGCCAGUGAACGGCGGCUCGGGAGGAGGGGGAAGGGCCGACGGCGGCAUGGAGCCGGCUACCGCAGCGGCGGCCACCAGGCCGCGCUACGUCCCGGCUGCAGGCGAGGCACAGAACGCUAGCAAAAAGGGGAGCAGCAGCGAGCUAAACUUGAACCUUGAGUUGGAAGGCCCUGAUGACGACAGCGACGCCGAUUUGAGCACCGAUGAGCAACGCGACAUAGAUAACAACCAGCAUCCAGAAAGCCGAUUGAAGAGAAAAGCUUUUUAACCCCUGACCUAGAAACGUGGAUCUGAGGAGCAUUAGCUUCAUCCUCCACCUGAAUUGUCCGCCUGUGAGGCUUUCGUGUCACAUAAUCUAGCGUGUAACUUCCAUUAGCCUAUCCUCCCUAGUCUAUUCCAGUCUAGAAUUGCCCAUGCUAUUUGGUCGACUCAAAUUGGCUUUAGUCUCAGUCGACAUAGGUUUCAAUCACUGCCAGUGAGUUAGGGUUCCGGGGUUGGUUGGGUUGGGUUUGGGGUUUUGGUGGGGUUCUGUAGUAGUGAUGAAUUAAGACAUUUAAAUAACUAAUCUAAAUUGGUUUUAAAAACUUCACAAAAUAAACUUAUUUUAAUUUUUAUCUAAAUGUGUUUUAGAUUUAUCUAAUGUGUUUAUUCUAUCGUUUAAAAAGUUUUGCAAUCUAUAAUCAAUCUUAGUAAACUUUAGGAAGGUAAAUGCGCAAAGGUAGAUUGCAAGUAUGUAAA